AUGUCAGAAGAAAACAAGGACAUCACCAUGGAAGCCGUCGAGGAGCAGGAGUAUGACGUCGACAAAAUCAAGUUGUUGCCCGGACUGUCCGAAGACGGAACCGCCGCCUCGUUCCAGAUCAUAGACGAAGACCACACGUUGGGAAAUGCACUUCGGUACUUGAUCAUGAAGAACCCCGAGGUGGAAUUUUGCGGAUACUCCAUUCCUCACCCCUCGGAGAACAAAUUGAACGUGCGUAUCCAGACAUACGGUAACAUCACCGCAAUGGAGGCUUUGCACCAGGGAUUGGAUGGAUUGAGUGCGUUGUGCACCCAUGUGGAGGAGACUUUCAAUGAGAAGGUGGAGGCUGGAGGAUAUAGUGUCAUUGAGCCAUAA